GUUUUCUUAUUUCCCUCAUGUCUCUCUAUAUAUACACGUUAUAUUCACACUCAUUCACACAUACAUUUCAAUUUCAUACACGUUAUCAAUCUCUCUCCAUUCUCAAAUUUCACAAUAUUCUUGUGGAUUCUUACAUUUCUUAAUCAAAUUUUAAAAGAAAGAAAACAAAUGGACGCAGCAAGUAGUGUUGACGAGAGCUCAACAAGUACAGAUUCGGUUCAUACUCCGGCGAAGAUUCCUCCGGCGACGGCAAGAAAGUCGUCAUCUCCGGCGAGUCUGUAUAGAAUGGGAAGCGGAUCAAGCGUGGUUUUGGAUUCUGAGAACGGCGUCGAAGCCGAAUCAAGAAAGCUCCCGUCGUCAAGAUUCAAAGGCGUCGUUCCUCAGCCAAACGGAAGAUGGGGAGCUCAGAUUUACGAGAAGCACCAGCGAGUGUGGCUCGGCACUUUCAACGAAGAAGACGAAGCUGCACGUGCUUACGACGUCGCAGCUCACCGUUUCCGCGGCCGUGACGCCGUCACGAAUUUCAAGGCUGACACGACGUUAGAUAACGGAGACGAAAUCGAGUUCUUGAACGCACAUUCGAAAGCUGAGAUCGUUGACAUGUUGAGGAAACACACUUACAGAGAGGAGUUAGAGCAGAUGAAACGUAACCUACACGGUAAGGGAAACACGAAGGAGACGGCGUUUGCUGCCGUUAGGAUAGCAACGGGGUUUAAAACGGCGGAGACUCUGUUUGAGAAAGCGGUAACGCCAAGUGACGUCGGGAAACUAAACCGUUUAGUGAUACCGAAACACCAAGCGGAGAAACAUUUUCCGUUACCGUUGUCAGGAGACGUCUCCGUGAGAUUGACGCUGUUAAAUUUCGAGGACGUUAACGGAAAAGUGUGGAGGUUCCGUUACUCGUAUUGGAACAGUAGUCAAAGCUAUGUGUUGACUAAAGGUUGGAGCAGGUUCGUUAAAGAGAAGAGAUUGUGUGCCGGUGAUUUGAUCAGUUUUAAAAGAUCCAACGGUCAAGAUCAGCAGUUGUAUAUUGGGUGGAAAUCGAAAUGCGAGUCGGAUCAGGAUACGGGUCGGGUGGUUGUGAGAUUAUUCGGCGUUGACAUUACUUCUUUGAAGUCUCAAAACGAUCUCGUAAUGAAGGAAGAAACGGAGAUGCUGUCUUUAAGGUGUAAUAAAAAGCAACGCCUUGUAACUACAAUUUAGCAACUCUUUCUCUUUGGUCUGUUUUUCUGUAAUUUCCUGGGAAAAAAACGUUUUUAACUACUUGUUGCCGACAUGAUUUACUAUUGGAACCUUUAUUAUUUAA